CUUCACUAUCAGUUUAUCAAUCGCAUCUCAAUGUUUCUUCUACACCAAUGUCUGUAGACAAUUCUCUCGAAAGAAAGGUUAAAGAUGUGACUGCCGGUUUCGUGGGAGGCGCUACCCAGGUGCUUAUCGGCCAGCCAUUCGAUCUUGUCAAGAUCAGAUUGCAGACCCUGUCGCAACACGCCAGUUCGGCCUCCAUCAUCAAAUCGGUUCUCCAGAACGAAGGACUUUCGGCGUUCUACAAGGGAACGUUGGCGCCGCUUGUGGGUGUCGGCGCGUGUGUGUCGUUGCAGUUCUACGGGUUUCACGAGUCAAAACGUUACAUUCUCCAAAAGUACAACCAGACCCAAUUGAACCUUUGGCCUCAAACAUACAUUUGUGGAGCGUUGGCCGGUAUCAUCAACACCCCGGUGACGACGCCGGUGGAACAAUUGCGGAUCUUGUCGCAGUCCAAAACCAGUAAAACUAGUGUCAGUCAACUUGUUGGACAAAUUUACAGAGAAAAUGGAGCCAGAGGGCUUUUUCGGGGUUUCAACAUCACGCUUCUACGGGAAAUUCAAAGUUACGGCGUGUGGUUUCUUGCCUACGAGCUGACGAUCCAGCUGCUCCUCAGUGUGCGUGGCUACAGCUCUCGAAAUGAGAUUUCGACUCCAGAAUUGCUCUUUAGUGGAGCAUUGGCAGGAAACCUCCUAUGGCUCAGUGCGUAUCCAUUGGACGUGCUCAAGUCAAACGUGCAGAGCGACGGGUUUGCUAAUUCCAAGUUUCGGGGCAGUUCUGUGUCUGCUGCCAAACACAUUUAUGCAACGGCAGGCUUGAGAGGGUUCUGGAAGGGAAUAGGACCAUGUCUCUUGAGGGCCACGCCGUGUUCGGCCGGAACGUUUGCGUCUGUGGAGCUUGCUUUGCGGUUGCUUGGGUGAGAAGAGGUUUGUUCAAUUAUGGAUUACACUCAUAUACUUCUAUAGACAACAAUACAUG